AUGUCUACCACCGCCGCUUCCAAUACCAACGACAACGAGCCACUGCCACCAAACAAUGAUGGUCCACAGUCACCGUCGUCGUUUUUCACAUUACCAAAGGACAUCGUGUUAAACAUCUUGGCCCGAGUCACCAGACACAAGCAUCCAAUUCUCUCUUGCGUCUCCAAGAACAUACGAUCCUUGGUACGUUCCUCCGAGCUUCACAAAACUCGAUCUCUCCAGGGAAAGGAUGAUUCCUUUUACGUCUGCUUUAGAGACUUUUAUUCUCCUUUCCUAUUUUUUCAUUGGUUCACUCUCGACCAGAAUCGUUUAGUCUCGAUCCCUUUCCCUUCCCCGCCUGAGCCAAACUCUUCUGCUCUCAUGAUUGGCCACGAGAUCUACCUCGUCGGGGGUUGUCUCAAUAAUUUGUGCAGGAGCAUGUGGAUCCUCGAUUCCCGGUCUGGAAAGUUGCGUCAGGGUCCAAAUAGGCUUGUGGCCCGCCAUUUUCCAGCCGUGGGAGUUGUUGACAAGAAGAUUUACAUCUUUGGAGGGUACCAAGAAGAACACAAAGAGGUCCAAGCGGAAGUGUUUGACACAAAGACAGAAAGUUGGGAUGUAGCACCAAAUCCGAAUGUGGAUUUGAAAUGCUUAUCGAUGUCGGUGGUAAACCGGUCAUUAGACGGAAAGAUUUAUGUGAGAAAUACUGCUGGACAAGUCAUAGUUUAUGAUCCGAGCGAUGGUAAAUGUGAGAAGAUUGAUAUACAAAUGCGCGCUACUGAUGUGUGUGUGAUAGACAAUGUGCUCUACAUUUGGCAAUAUCAUGGUGGGUUAAAGUGGUAUGACUCUACGAUGAUACAAUGGAGAGUGGUUAAAGGUUUAAAUCUCGGAUAUAUUUCUUCCAGCAGAAUCGUAUUAGCUGAAUCCAAUGGCAAGUUGGUAUUUUUACAGGAAUGUAGCACAAAAAAGAAGACGGAGAUUUGCUGUGCAAUGGUUGCGUUGGAACGAGGACCGAAUGCGUUAGGGAUUGUGGGGAAAGUUGAGUGGUCUGAUCGCAUACUUUCUGUUCCUCUUGGCUACCAGAUUGUGCAUUGUGUAGGUCGUACAGAUUAA